UCCCUCCCAAGAAAAAAAAAGGGAAAAAGAAAAAAAAAAAAAAAAGAGUUGUGGAAAUUUUUGUCAGAUGAGAAAGGCAAUGCUCCCUUCCAAAGCCCAAGAAGCUCUUUUCAUUGCCAUCUUCAUCUUCUCUUCCCUUUCUCAACUUGCCAUUGUUGAACCUCGACCACAUUCCUUAUCUAGAUCACAUCCACAUCCAUAUCCCUCUUUUAAUCACCUAAACCAGAAACAGAGGUUCAGCCUAAGCAUUGGUCAUCAUCAAAAUGUGAUGAGACCAAGAUCUGCUUCAACAAGCAAAGGAUGGCUAGAAGCCCACAACAAGGUGAGACAAGCAAUGGGUGAACCACCAAUGGUAUGGGACAAUAGUCUUGCACGCUACGCAAGACGUUUUGCAGCUAAACGCAUCUUUGAUUGCUUGAUGAUCCAUUCUGAUGGUCCUCACGGCGAGAACAUAUUCUGGGCUGCGCGUAACAUCUUCUCGCCGGCGCAGAUUGUGGCAAAAUGGGUCGAUGAGCAACACAACUACAAUAGGACAGGUAACAUGUGUGCGGCUAACAAAAUUUGUGGACACUAUAAGCAGGUUGUGUGGAGGGACAGUUUGAAGGUUGGUUGCUCCAUGGUUCAGUGCCUUAACGGAGGUGCCUAUGCUAUCUGUUCUUAUAAUCCCCCGGGGAAUUAUAGGGGUGAGGACCCCUUCAUAAAGCAUAUAUGAUGGAUCAGGGAUUCUUGUUGCUGUUGAUGAGUAGGGAAAUACUUUCCCACGACGCUGGAGUGCAAAUUUUUUUUUUUUUUUUCUUUUUGUCAAAGGAUUGUAGUUCUAUUUUUACGUGAGUUUUUGUUUGUUUUUAUCGUAUGUGAACCCUAUGUGGACGAUACAGUUUUUCAAAACAACCAUUUGUGUAACAUGUAAGUUCCUCCCCACGAUCACACUUGUGUUGUGGGGAGCAUCUCGAGUAUGAAUAUAUUACUAAUGGGAUUUUCUUAUUAA